AUUAUACAAAAUAUUCCAAAGUCGUCCCAACAGUAGAGGUCAAGGAGGAGGAGCAAUUAGGAGGAAGGUUAAAGAAGGGGAAGCAUAUUCUCCACCACGAAGAACAACAAAACAACACACUCGGUUGAAUUGAAGGACCGGUAGUUAAGAAGAGCGAUCGAAGAGAAGAGUAAAAGUUACACGGCGAGAAAGAAAUGAUGCUAGACGGAACCGAAGACGAAGAGAAGUUCCUCGCCGCCGGAAUCGCCGGCCUCCAACAGAAUUCCUUCUACAUGCACCGUGCAUUGGACUCGAACAAUCUCAGAGAUGCGUUGAAGUAUUCGGCUCAGAUGCUUUCCGAGCUCAGAACUUCCAAGCUCUCUCCUCACAAGUACUACGAACUCUAUAUGCGUGCCUUUGAUCAAUUAAGGAAGCUCGAGAUGUUCUUCGAGGAAGAGGCUCGUCGCGGUUGCUCCAUUAUUGAUCUUUAUGAACUUGUCCAGCAUGCUGGAAACAUUUUGCCUCGAUUGUAUCUCCUCUGUACAGUAGGAUCUGUAUACAUAAAAUCCAAGGAAGCUCCUGCUAAGGAUGUUCUUAAGGAUCUUGUAGAGAUGUGUCGUGGCAUUCAGCACCCUGUUCGCGGACUCUUUCUCAGAAGUUACCUUUCUCAAGUUAGUAGAGAUAAAUUGCCAGAUAUUGGUUCUGAAUAUGAAGGGGAUGCAGAUACUGUAGCAGAUGCUGUAGAGUUUGUACUCCAAAACUUCACAGAAAUGAACAAACUUUGGGUGCGGAUGCAACAUCAGGGGCCUGCCCGGGAGAAGGAGAAACGGGAAAAGGAAAGGAGCGAGCUGCGCGAUCUUGUUGGGAAGAAUCUCCAUGUUCUCAGUCAGAUAGAGGGUGUUGACCUUGAGAUGUACAAAGAUGUUGUGCUUCCUAGAGUGCUGGAGCAGGUUGUGAAUUGCAAAGAUGAGUUGGCCCAGUUCUACUUGAUGGAUUGCAUAAUCCAAGUCUUCCCUGAUGAGUAUCACUUGCAAACUCUUGAUGUAUUGUUGGGUGCUUAUCCUCAGCUUCAGGCAUCUGUUGACAUCAAGACAGUGUUAUCCCAGUUAAUGGAAAGACUUUCUAAUUAUGCUGCUUCAAGUGCUGAGGUGUUGCCUGAGUUUUUGCAAGUGGAAGCAUUUUCCAAAUUAAGCAGUGCCAUUGGCAAGGUGAUAGAGGCACAUCCUGACAUGCUCACUUUUGGUGUUGUAACUUUAUAUUCAUCUCUUCUCACUUUCACUCUUCAUGUCCACCCUGAUCGACUUGAUUAUGCAGAUCAAGUCUUGGGAGCAUGUGUGAAAAAUCUCUCUGGCAAAGGGAAAAUUGAGGACAACAAGGCAACUAAGCAAAUUGUUGCUUUAUUAAGUGCUCCACUAGAGAAAUAUAAUGAUAUUAUGACUGCCUUGAAGCUUUCAAACUAUCCUCGUGUGAUGGAAUACCUUGAUGUUCCAACUAAUAAGGUCAUGGCAGCUGUUAUCAUUCAAAGCAUUAUGAAAAAUGGGACACACAUAUCUACUUCAGACAAGGUUGAAGCAUUGUUUGAACUUAUAAAGGGGCUUAUUAAGGAUUCUGAUGGGACUCCUAAUGACGAGCUGGAUGAAGAUGAUUUCAAAGAAGAGCAGAAUUCUGUUUCCCGUCUAAUCCAGAUGCUUUAUAAUGACGAUCCAGAAGAGAUGUUUAAGAUUAUAGAUACUGUGAGGAAGCAUGUACUGACUGGAGGAUCAAAGCGUCUGCCUUUCACUAUUCCACCUCUUGUUUUUUCUUCUUUAAAGUUGGUCAGACAGUUGCAAGGUCAGGAUGAAAAUCCCUUUGGAGAUGAUGUAGCAACAACACCGAAGAAAAUCUUUCAGCUUUUAAAUCAGACCAUUGAGAGACUGUCAGGUGUCCUAGCACCAGAAUUAGCAUUGCAGUUGUACUUGCAAUGUGCUGAGGCUGCAAAUGACUGUGAUUUGGAACCAGUAGCAUAUGAAUUUUUCACCCAAGCUUAUAUUCUAUAUGAAGAAGAAAUUUCGGAUUCCAGAGCACAGAUCACAGCUAUCCAUUUAAUAAUAGGAACUCUUCAAAGGAUGCAUGUAUUUGGUGUGGAGAACAGGGAUACUUUAACUCACAAGGCCACAGGGUAUUCAGCAAAGCUUUUAAAGAAGCCAGAUCAAUGCAGAGCCGUGUAUGCAUGCUCACAUCUGUUUUGGGUUGAUGAUCAUGAUAACAUGAAAGAUGGAGAGAGAGUCCUAUUGUGUCUCAAGCGGGCUUUAAGAAUUGCAAAUGCUGCACAACAAAUGACAAAUGCAGCACGAGGUAGCACCGGAUCAGUGAUGCUUUUCAUUGAGAUAUUGAACAAGUAUCUUUACUUCUUUGAGAAGGGGAACCCACAAAUCACACUUGCUGAUAUCCAGGGCCUAAUUGAGUUAAUUAUGAAUGAAAUGCAAAGUGACACCACAACUCCAGAUCCAGCUGCGGAUGCUUUCUUAGCCAGUACCAUGCGAUUUAUACAGUUCCAGAAACAAAAAGGCGGUACAGUAGGUGAGAAGUAUGAACCUAUCAAGGUUUGACCUGCUAGAUGAUUGAUACCCUUGCUCAUGUAAUGUUAAACUCUGGAGCAAUUUGUUCUUGGGCUGGUCCAGCAACUGUUUCAAUUUGUCUUCGGAUUUCAACUGAAGAACCCCAAGUUUGUGGUGUUUUCCUCAUAUGAGCUGACAGCGUAAACUACCCUCGGUCAUUGAGUUUGGACUGUUUCACCAUGUAACUCACUGAGCUACAAUUUAACUUUGCAAGAUCUUUUUUGCCCGGGAUUUACACCAAGAGAAAUUAUUUGUAUAGAUGCUAGUUUAUGCACAAAAGUUUACCCAGAUUUAUGGAUUUUUCUACAAUAGUGUCUAUAGGCAGACAAAAACUCGUUUGUUUUUUAAUGGAAUUCUACUAGCUAGGGAUGCUGUUUCUUU